AUGCGAGACUUCUCGGGCUCUGGACGCCAUCCUCCUCAAUCCGCCAAUACACCUUUGCCGUCUACCCGCAACCAUCAAGACGGGCCAAACCACCAAGGCGAGUCAAGCACCGUGCUGGAACGAUGCCAAGCGCUCAAACCAACCAUACGCAAUCUCAGCGAUGAGAUGCACUCCUACUACCAAAGCAUUGCGAUUGCCCAGUCGCUGCACUGGCUUGAUGAUGUGAUCCACCGCAUCGACCCUGCAGCUGCUCGUGCUUCAUCCGCCUCAAAACCCCCUCUGGUGCCGCUCGACACCUCCUCUCACAGAGGCGGAGGUGGUCCCAAACAAGACAGGGCACUGCAAAAAGCCGUUCCGAGACGAGCUUCGUCAUCGAAUGGGCUUGCAGCCACGGAACCCUCUCGCGCACUUUGA